CACAGGGGUAGCAGGAAGUGGGGAGCUUGUGGCUGCGGUACGAGCUGUUGGCGGGGUGUGCGGGAUGAUUGCUGUGUGUCAACAAACACCUGUGGUGAAUGCUAGCUGAGAGACGCUGUAAGGCGACAUGGCUCUGCUACGACUGAGGAACCCAAAGGGCCCGAAUGCAGCAGAGAUAGAGAGAAAAAUUAAAAGAGGAAACGCCCUGAGGCAGGGGUCCUCUUGGCGGGGGUCUCGGGGGCUCUUGGCCUUGCUCCUGGUUGCUCUGUGUGCAUGUGGCGUCGCCGCAUGGCUCUACUUUGCUUGCUUGGAUAGUGACAUCACAGAAACGCUGGCCGGCCGGAAAGAAAUGAUCUCCCCUCAGCCCAGAGUCUACAGCGUCCAGUGCUCGGAGGACUACGAGAACUACAAACGCUAUCCAGGUUGCACUCCUCAGAAGUGUGGCCGAGCUGUCACGGAUGGCGUGGUGACGAGUGAGGAGGCUCAGGCCCUCAGGAGGCUGGCUGAGAGGGGGCUGGCGCUGGCCGGUUCAGAGGGAGGAGCCUCCAUACUGGACCUUCACUCUGGAGCGUUGUCCAUGGGAAAACAAUUUGUCAAUAUAUACAGGUAUUUUGGGGAACAGAUCACGGAUGUGUUCACAGAAGAGGAUUUCAAGCUUUACAGAGACGUACGGGGCCGAAUCCAGGCCGUCAUUGCUGAGACGUUUGGUUUGGACCAGACCCUGAUGUACCUCACCAAGCCCACCUUCUUCUCCAGAAUCAACAGCACCACAGCCAAGACCCAGCAUGACGAGUACUGGCACCCGCACAUCGAUAAGGAGACAUAUGGCUCUUUUGACUACACAUCUCUCCUGUACCUGUCUGACUAUGGCUCAGACUUCACUGGUGGCAGAUUUGUCUUCAUGGACCAAAAUGGCAAUCGAACUGUGGAACCACGGGCAGGGCGAGUCUCUUUCUUCUCUUCUGGAUCAGAGAACCUUCACCGCGUGGAGAAGGUAACAUGGGGGACACGCUAUGCCAUCACCGUCUCCUUCACUUGCAACCCCAGUCACGCGAUCUCUGACCCCUCCCUACCCUGAGGCAUCAGGGACGAUGGAGGACAGUGCUGCCCAUGUGCUCAGACGGGCCCUGCAGCAAAGAUGGAAACAAAGAAAAUUAACAAGCGGAAGGAAAUGUUUUUAUUAAUAAUAUUCCUAGGUGAACUAGCUUUGAUCAAGCAUCCUCACCAGCUGCAAAAAAAAACAAGCGGCAGAUGAACAAAGCAAAGAAUGUGUGGACGGAUUUAUAACCAACAAACUGAUGAUACUUGUUUGAGUAUCCAGUGAGAAAGCUACGGCACAGGUUUUCUCUAUCAUUCCACCACUGAUGAGGGUAGAAUUCCUUUGAAUGUACCCCGUUGAAGCUUUACAAAAUGUGCCUCUACAUUUUGCUGUCAAAUUUCAGAAAAGUGCACAUGUCCAGCAACAUUUCCUCUUUAAAUCUUUUACGAAGAUUCUGAUUUCCACCUACACACCGACUGCCCUACUUCAAAGCCUUUUUAAAAUUUCAGCUCAAGACUCUACCAAGAAACUUCUCUGUGAUGCCAGACAAUAAUGAUCAAACUUGACAGCGAAAAAGAAAAAGCUCUUACUUUGGCAUACCCAGUGCUUGGUAAUUGGAGCUUUUUAGAGGUUGUGUUCCUGGUUACUGUGUCUGAAUGCAAAGAUUUUGUCAUCAGUUCUCUCCCCUUUCACAUUUCUUCUUUUCUUCCUUUUUGUCACACUUUCAUGUUUCAUGAAAGAUUUUAAUAUCAGAUAAAUAUAACCUGAGUAAAUACCAGGUGACAUUUUCAAAUGAUGAUCUCCGUUAUUAAGGGAAGAAAACAAUUCAAACUAACCUGGUCCUAUGAAAACGUAAUUACCCCUUAACCUAAUAAAGGUCCCACCAAUGCCAUCACGAAUUUUCAAUACGUGUCAAUGAGUCAUUUCCAUCACUGGAGGAAUGUUGGCAUAUUCUUUGCAGAGUCGCUCUAAUUUUGGCCACAUUGGAGAGUUUUCGAGCACAAACAGCCUGUUGAAUGAAUCAUGUCAUCAUCUGAAAACUGAUUUUGGCACUUACUCAGGUUAUCUUUGUCUGAUACAAAAUAAAUUGUUUGUAUGCUUCCAACGGUUUGGGUUGUUGUUCUUGGUACAGUGGAAAAUUGUCAUGAUUCCUGCAGGUUUUGUUAUCAUUCAUGGGAUUGCUUGUGACAAUUCUGCAGCUCAAAAUGAAACCGAUUUAAAGAAGCAUAUCUUCACUGACUCUCAGGGCCCUAGUUUGUUUCAUUGAAGUAAAUUGUUUUGUCUGUGUGCCAAGCUUUUUUCAGGUCUUGCUGUUUGAAUUAAGUACUGACCUGAGAGAAUUCAAUGUGCCAAUGCCUUGUUUUAGGAGACAGAUGUUUUGUUCUACUGUUUUCUUUCAGCAAUUAUUAAACCAUAACACUUGAGUGAACAUUUUGUAUUUAUAAAAUCAGCCAAUAUUA